AUGAAGUCUGAGGAGCGUUCGGUGACGUUACGAAACGAGGGAAAUGCCCUGUAUAAAAAAGGCCUAAACAAGCAGGCCAUACAAAAGUACUUCUCAGCAUUGGAUAUCGCUCCGCAGGAUAGCGCUGCGUACUUUCAGGCGAUGUCUAACAUCGCAGUUGCUCUCAUAAAUCUUGGAUUUCCUCAGUACGCGAAACAACAUCUGAAUCGUAUUUCGGAGAAGAGUACCCAUACCGGAAAACUCAAACAAAUUGAGAUACUUUCGUACGCAAACUCCGAGCUAUUUGUUCCACCAAGACAACAUCUCUAUAAAGGUCACAACAAAUUUUAUGCGGAACUGUCGUCAGCAGUUAAGGUUGGUUAUAGCAGAGAACGUGGUCGCCACCUCAUUGCUGCUGAGGAUAUUCCGGCAGGUUCAGUAAUCGGUUUGGAGGAACCUACUUUUUUGGUGGCAACAAGGCGUCUGACAAAUUGUUCGCAUUGUGCUCGUAUUCUUCCACUGUCUUAUAUACCGUGCGAAGAAUGUGAUGCUCGUUUUUGCAACGAAGAAUGUCGGGGAGCGAGCGAGUAUUUUCACUGGUUGAUGAGACACACAACUUAUGUUCCAGAUCAUUCUGCAUUGGAUCUUGCUGCUCGUGUAACUAUGCAUUUUACCAGGGAGGAACUGGAGAGUGCAUUUGCAUCGCAGGUUGACAGGGCAGAUGUGGCGAUACCCUUUGAUAGUAAAUCGUUUACAUCUAUACUGCGUUUACAAGAACAAAAUUUCGACGACCACAACGCAAGCGUUUCCUCCGCUGCUGAUAGCAUCUUAAAAUGCACCAAAUUCCUGGAGAAUAUGGGAUAUAAGGAGUGCGCCGUGGAGAACACAAAGCAGUUUUUGGUCAGCACUUUAAAGUCUAUAAUUGGCCGCAUUGAAUUGAAUGCACAUUUAAUAUACCAUGAUCCUUGUGAAUGGAUACUUGGCAAACACUUAGCUUCACGCUUGCUUAUUGAUGCUGGAAUAACUUUAAAGCAUUCGUUUAAUACGAAAAGACUUGAGAUUUUGGAUAGCUCGAAUGAUAUCGGUGAUAUAGUAGCUGUCUGUUUAUUACCAGUUGCUUCAAUUGCAAAUCAUAGCUGUGUGCCAAAUUUGAUAACCAGUUUCUCAGACAAGGACGAACGUUGUUUAGUCAUUCGAACGUCGAGGGACGUCUUCUCUGGGGAGGAGUUGCUCCACAAUUACGGGCCAAUGCUUGGUAUACAUAGUUACGAAAAGCGUCAGGUUCGUCUCCAGAACGACUUCCGGUUUACCUGUCGGUGCGAAGCCUGCGUUAUGCGUGGUUUGCAUCCAGUAGAUAGAAGGUUGGAAUGCAGAAUUUGCUGUUUCUGUCAAGCUGACUUUGUUCCCAAUAAUCCAGUGGAAUUCCGCUGUCCAAGUUGUGCUCUGGACAAAAAUGUAAAGCAUGCAUAUAGAACGAUACAAGAAGAGCUAUCCAAAAUGGAUGCUGCUUUGGAAGUUGAAAAGUGGGAUUGGAAUAAUGAUGGCAUUCAUGACGAAGUCUUUAAAGUUUUUGAGAAGUCCUUAAAAGUGUACUACAUGGGUCACCGACGACUAGAAGACUUCGUAGAACGAGCCUGUUUGGCUGCCGUAAAGACAGGUUAUUUUGAAUAUGCUGAAAAAUACAUUACCUUCUUGAGUGGACUUCGAAAGCUUAUUUUUGGCGGCAGCUAUUGUUCCUUUUUAGCCAACGCUUCGCUGCUAACAGUUGUUUUUGAAAUAAUACGUAUGAAAAAUGUCCCGAGAAUGAGGAGUAAAAUCCGCCUACGCGACUUGAAAAGGAUGGUUAGUGUUGUUCGGUCCACAUUUAACAAAAUAUAUGGGUUGGGAAGUGUUAGGGACUACGAAUUGAAUUUGCUUCUCGAACAGGCCGUAGGGCCGCAAGCAAUUAGCCUGAUUCUCGUUCCUUCUAGUUGCUACGUGUAUUCAACUUUGUAUUCCGACCAUGGUGGAGCGGGGAAAUGGAUACACUUGGAUUGUCAGCAAGAAGCGGGAGUUGGCGGAUGA